AUGGAGAAAGAAGAAUAUGAACAGAUUCCCCAGGAGGAUCCUCCAGGAGAACUGUCCCAGGAUCCUGAACGAGAACUGUCAGGAGGUCUGAGGGAGAAAGAACAAAACCCAAGAAGACUGAGGCUCAUUCUUGUGGGGAAAACAGGAAGUGGGAAAAGUGCAACAGGAAAUAGCAUCCUUGGCAGGAAAGUAUUUGAGUCUAAACUCAGUGCCAGACCUGUGACCAAGAACUUCCAGAGAGGAAGCCGACAGUGGGCUGGCAAGGAACUUGAGGUGAUGGACACACCUGACAUUUUGUCUCCUGAGAUAGCAGCAGAGGAGGUCUGUCAAGCCAUCGUCCUCUCCUCCCCAGGUCCUCAUGCUGUACUCCUAGUGACACAGCUGGGCCGGUUCACAAAAGAGGACCAGCAGGUGGUCAGGCGCCUUCAGGAGGUCUUCGGAGUGGGUGUCCUGACUUACACCAUCCUGGUGUUCACCCGGAAAGAAGACCUGGCAGGUGGCUCCCUGGAUGACUAUGUGCGAGAGACCAAGGAUCAGAGCCUUGCCAGGUUGGAUGUGACGUGUGAGCGGCGCCACUGCGCCUUCAAUAACAGGGCUGAUAGGGAGGAGCAGGAGACGCAACUGCAGGAGCUCAUGAAGAAAGUCGAAAUAAUCCUGUGGGAAAAUGAAGGCCGUUAUUACAGCAACAAGUCUUACCAAUAUACCCAGCAAAGCUCUCUGCUUAAAGAAGUGCAGGAAAAACAAAUACUCCAGGGGCAAGGAUCUGAGGAAAUGCUCAGCAAAGAGUCCUGGCUGGAAGGGCUAUUGCAGAUCCAAAAGGAAUCUGAGAAAACCCACCAAUGCCUUCUGGGGAGGUUUGACUUUUUAAGCCCAUGCUAGGCUUGAGCCAGUGGUUCCCUCAGCCCCUGCUCCACAUGUCCGCCCCCUGGUUGCUUGCAUUCUCAUCCCAUGGAGCACUGCUCUGUCUCCAGGUCAUAGCGCCUGGUGUGGUGAGAGAAAUGUGGGGCUGAAGGCCCAGGUCC